GUAACGCCAUGAGGAAUUCGCGGUUUUGUGCCAUUCUGGCAGUGAUCUCCGCCAUUUCGGUGUCAUAUGUUCUUGCACAGAGAUCCCAACAGUCAGUAAUUGCGGAUUUGGGAAAGUUGAUUGUGGAUAACUGCCCACCUAUGUUGUGCACUGGAUUGGAUUGUGCAGUCGUUACAGAGAGGAACGGGUGCCAGCUCUGCGCAUGUCCAAUCGGAUCUCCAUCCCGUGGAUGUGACCCAAUGCCAUUUAUCCUUUGGCAUGAUCUUAUUGUCAAUGGAUGUCCAAAUGUUACACUCAACAGUCGGGACCCUGCACAGAAAGUUCACAGAUGGUUCAGACGAGUGAAUCGAUUCACGAACACUGAUCAAUGUGAACCCUACAUCUUCCCAUACUGUCCAGAGUUGGAUUUCAAUUUGUGGAGAUCUCCAAGAACUAAACAGGAAUGUGAACUGUACUGCUACUCAAUCGACGAGCAGCGAAAGCGAGGAAUCAUCUAAAGAAAUUCAAAAAAUCGAUAAUUCCAUAUCAUAUGUGUGUGUGUGUGUUUUUCUGUAGAAUUAUUAAUAAGUUAUUGAUUUUUUCCCCAAUUUUCCCAGUUUUGAACCCAAAAAAAUCCAUUUUUCACAAAAAAUCGUCUGUUUUUUAUUGUUGAUACAUUAUAAAUUUACAUAAAAAUUUAUACUUUUUUCU